AUGGCGGGGCCUGACUGGUUCUGCAACUUUAUUAGGCGGAACCCCAGACUCUCCAUUAGGAGUCCCCAGGCAACAAGCCUUUCAAGGGCCACCUCCUUCAACAGAACCAAUGUGGAGGCCUUCUUCAGUCGCCUGGGGGAGGUAAUACAGAGGAACAACUUCGAUGGUUCAGACAUUUGGAAUAUGGACGAGACAGGGGUCACCACAGUGCAGGCUCCAUCCCGAGUGGUAGCGCGCCGGGGGGUCAAACAGGUAGGAGCCAUGACGUCAGGCUUACCUGCUGCCUGGCUCCUCACCUGCUCACCUGCCGCCGGUCUCCUCACCUGCUCACCUGCUGUCGGGCUCCUCACCUGCCCACCUGCCGCCGGUCUCCUCACCUGCCCACCUGCCGCCGGUCUCCUCACCUGCCCACCUGCUGCCGGUCUCCUCACCUGCUCACCUGCUGUCGGGCUCCUCAACUGCUCACCUGCCGCCGGUCUCCUCACCUGCUUACCUGCUGUCGGGCUCCUCAACUGCUCACCUGCCGCCAGUCUCCUCACCUGCUUACCUGCUGUCGGGCUCCUCAACUGCCCACCUGCCGCCGGUCUCCUCACCUGCCCACCUGCUACCGGUCUCCUCAACUGCCCACCUGCCGCCGGUCUCCUCACCUGCCCACCUGCUACCGGGCUCCUCAACUGCUCACCUGCCGCCGGUCUCCUCACCUGCUCACCUGCUGUCGGGCUCCUCAACUGCUCACCUGCCGCCGGUCUCCUCACCUGCCCACCUGCUGUCGGGCUCCUCAACUGCUCACCUGCCGCCGGUCUCCUCACCUGCUCACCUGCUGUCGGGCUCCUCAACUGCUCACCUGCCGCCGGUCUCCUCACCUGCUUACCUGCUGUCGGGCUCCUCAACUGCUCACCUGCCGCCGGUCUCCUCACCUGCCCACCUGCUACCGGGCUCCUCAACUGCCCACCUGCCGCCGGUCUCCUCACCUGCCCACCUGCUACCGGGCUCCUCAACUGCUCACCUGCCGCUGGUCUCCUCACCUGCUCACCUGCUGUCGGGCUCCUUACCUGCUCACAUGCCACCUGGCUCCUCACCUGCUCACCUGCUGCCGGUCUCCUCACCUGCCUCUGGGUUCCUUAG